GUUAGACACGCGGAGCCUGUAAUAGCACAUCGGACACUGCAGAAACCAACGCUGUCACAGAGAGAGAGAGAGAGAGCGGAAGAAAGAUAGAGAAGGGGAGAGAGGAAUAGACAGAAAGACUGGAGGAGAGAAUGAGAGAAACGGAGGCAGAGGGUGAGGGCAUACAGGAGAAGAGAGGAUAGAGACAGAGGGAAAGGGAGUGCGGGGGAAAGUUGAGAGAUCAGUGCCGUGGUCAUCGCAGACGGAGGGAAGAAGAGAUCGGAGCGUGGAGAGCGGGGCGCUGAAAGUUGCUCGGUGCGGAAGCGGCGUUUCUGUGCGAACGCGUCACGGGGGACGUGCGUGCGCUGCUGACGGACGCUACUGGAGCAUCUGAGCGCGUGCGAAGAAGAGCUGCCCCAUGCCACACACGCUUUGGACAGAGCGCGUGUCACUGCAGUCGCACGUAACCCUCGUCUCUGCUUCCUGCUGUUGGAAACUUUUCCGUUCCUUUGGAAAUUAGACGGCGGGACGGAGCCGACGCGGGUGACUUUGGGGGGUCGGGGCUGGUGAGCCUGUGCACUUUGAGACACCCCCCCCCCCGCCCCCCACGGUGAAGGGGGGUUCCCCCGCAGUUGUUUUACGGCAUGGAGAAGUGGAGCAGCGAGGAGUCGGUGCGUCUUAGCCCGUCGGCGGAGAGCCGCGACUCGGACCGAGCCUCGGCCUCGGACCGCCAGUUCGGCCGGCGCGGCUUUACCGUCGGAGCGUUCUACGGCUCUGCCGGGCCCCGUCCCGCGGCGGACGCCAGCGCCGCCGCCGCCGCGGAGGACAAAAGUGAAGCCAGCAAGCGCGGGGUGCUCAAGGGAAACAAAUACGUGGUGUUUUACCUGGAUCUGUCCUUUGUGUUUCUUCUAGAGUUUAAGAAGUUCAGCAUGGCCAGGGGCUGCCUGUGCUGUCUGAAGUACAUGAUGUUCCUCUUCAACCUGGUCUUCUGGCUGUGUGGCUGCGGCCUGCUUGGAGUGGGGAUCUGGCUCUCUGUGUCACAGGGAAGCUUCGCCACGUUCUCGCCCUCCUUCCCCUCCCUCUCCGCCGCCAACCUGGUCAUCACCAUCGGCACCAUUGUCAUGGUGACGGGCUUCCUGGGCUGCCUGGGCGCCAUUAAGGAAAACAAGUGCCUGCUACUUAGUUUCUUCAUCAGCUUGCUGGUAAUCCUCCUGGCAGAGCUGAUACUGCUCAUUCUGUUCUUUGUUUAUAUGGAUAAGGUGAAUGAGAAUGCCAAGCAGGACCUGAAGGAUGGGCUGGCACUGUACAACACGGACAACAACGUGGGCUUGAGGAACGCGUGGAACAUCAUCCAAGCAGAGUGGAAGUGCUGUGGAGUCACAGGAUUCUCAGACUGGCAUGAUGCUCUGAGGGAGAGGGUGGUGCCAGAUCGCUGCUGCCAGGAGCACCUCCAGGGCUGCGGCCGCAACGCCACCAGCAUGUUCUGGACCCAGGGCUGCUAUGAGAAGGUAGAGGAAUGGCUAGAUGACAAUAAGCACCUUCUGGGCACCAUAGCCAUGUGUAUACUGGUGAUACAGCUUCUUGGCAUGGCCUUUUCCAUGACCCUGUUCCAGCAGAUCCACAGAAUGGGGAAGAAGUACGAUGCCUAGCAGGGGGUGGAGCCCUAACAAAAGGGCGGGCCCAGCGACCCCCCCAGGGGGACACUGAAAGGGACCCCACAGGCCCAGGACAGCCCCAUGUCUUCCCUCAUCACUGGGCCACACCCACACCAGCUGGCUACAGUUCGUAAUCACACUGAAAUUGCCAAAGAGAUACUGAACUGGAGAGAAACAGAGAGCAAGAUUUGCUCCUUCUUCCUGUGGUUUAAUCCUUUUAAACAGUUUAAACAGUGGGCCCACUUAUUUACUAAAAAAAAAGACUUUAGCCCCCUUCCCCAAGUUAAAUGGUUUUGAAUG